AAACACACCCCUUCUGCCGCGGACAAGACACACUUCCACGCGCCUGGAGACAGCUGAAAGUGUUCAACAGCACGAGAUCGGCAUAAGCGCGAGACCAGAACUCACGUUAUAUAUUAAAUUUAUAUACUGAUGAGAGACCUGAUCAUUAAAUAUUGCACGCGCUGGACUGAAUACUGGUGCGCGAGGAUUAAUCAGCGACCGCAGCGUGGCUCUGUGCGGUUUGGCAUGCUCGAGGACUACAACGGACAGUAUUGAACUCCUGCUUUGUCAUAAAGAGGAUUCAAUGAAAAUGUCUGUCUGUGUCCAUGAGAACCGCAAGUCACGAGCCAGCACUGGCUCCAUGAACAUCUACCUUUUCCACAAGUCCUCAUAUGCAGACAGUGUGUUGAUGCACCUGAAUGUCUUGCGGCAGCAGAGGCUCUUCACAGACGUUUUGCUGCAUGCAGGCAAGCGCUCCUUCCCGUGCCAUCGCGCUGUGCUGGCUGCCUGCAGCCGGUACUUUGAGGCAAUGUUCAGUGGCGGGUUAAGAGAGAGCCAAGCCAAGGAGGUGGACUUCAGAGACUCCAUACAUCCAGAGGUGUUAGAACUGCUUUUGGAUUACGCUUACUCGUCCCGGGUAGUCAUCAAUGAAGAGAAUGCUGAGUCUCUGCUGGAGGCAGGUGACAUGUUAGAGUUCCAGGACAUCCGUGAUGCCUGUGCUGAGUUCCUGGAGAAGAACCUUCACCCAUCCAACUGCCUCGGCAUGCUGCUUUUGUCUGAUGCCCACCACUGCACCCAGCUGUCCCAACUUUCCUGGAACAUGUGUCUCAGUAAUUUCCCAGCUAUCUGCAAGACAGAGGAAUUCCUGCAACUUCCCAAGGACAUGAUAGUCCAGUUGCUCUCACACGAAGAGCUGGAGACAGAGGAUGAGCGGUUAGUCUAUGAAUCUGCACUUAACUGGGUGAACUAUGACUUGGAACGGCGACAUUGUGACUUACCAGAGCUGUUGCGCACUGUACGUCUAGCCCUCUUGCCAGCCAUCUUCCUCAUGGAGAAUGUCUCCACAGAGGAGCUUAUCAACUCACAAGCCAAAAGCAAAGAGUUGGUGGAUGAAGCAAUCCGCUGCAAGCUACGUAUACUGCAGAAUGACGGCGUGGUCAACAGUCCUUGUGCCAGGCCACGCAAGACUAGCCAUGCCCUUUUCCUGCUAGGUGGUCCUACCUUUAUGUGUGAUAAACUGUAUUUAGUGGACCAGAAGGCCAAAGAAAUAAUACCAAAAGCAGAUAUUCCCAGUCCACGAAAGGAGUUCAGUGCUUGUGCUAUUGGUUGCAAAGUCUAUGUGACAGGUGGUCGGGGCUCAGAGAACGGUGUGUCCAAGGAUGUUUGGGUGUACGAUACCUUGCAUGAAGAGUGGUCAAAAGCAGCUCCCAUGCUGAUAGCUCGAUUUGGGCAUGGUUCAGCUGAACUGCGCCACUGCCUGUAUGUAGUUGGAGGUCAUACAGCUGCAACUGGUUGCCUUCCAGCUUCACCAUCUGUGUCGUUGAAGCAGGUGGAGCAGUUUGACCCAGUUGCCAACAAGUGGAGCAUGGUUGCACCGCUACGUGAGGGCGUCAGCAAUGCCGCAGUAGUCAGCGUAAAGCUUAAGUUAUUUGCUUUUGGAGGAACAAGCGUAACCCAUGAUAAGCUACCGAAGGUCCAGUGUUACGACCCGGUGGAAAACCACUGGACUGUCCCAGCAUCUUGCCCACAGCCAUGGCGUUACACAGCAGCUGCUGUUUUGGGGAACCAAAUCUUUGUCAUGGGUGGUGACACUGAGUUCUCAGCUUGCUCGGCCUACAAAUUCAGCAGCGAGACCUACCAGUGGACUAAAGUAGGUGACGUUACAGCUAAGCGAAUGAGCUGCCAGGCAGUAGCCUCGGGGAACAAACUUUACGUAGUUGGUGGCUAUUUUGGAACGCAGCGCUGCAAAACCCUAGACUGCUAUGAUCCCAUACUGGAUGCCUGGAACAGCAUAACCACUGUACCCUAUUCCUUGAUCCCCACUGCCUUCGUUAGCACCUGGAAACACCUCCCAGCCUGACAGUUGCAUGUCCAUUGACUUUCCUUCAUCCUUUAAGAAUUCCUGUGUGAUGUGCUGGAUUCCAGCUGUGACGAUUUCCUGCUUUCUGUGCAAUUUCAUCAAAAGGCUUCUUCUUCCAUCUUUAAUAUUGAAGAUAUCCAGCAGCGAAGCUUUCACUGUUUUGUUUUGGAUUUUUGCGCUUUAAAAGACGUUCUGUGUUGGGAAAACUUUGCAUAAACUUUCCAUUGUCAAAGUCUUGGGACGUUGUUUGCCUUGACAACCAAAUGAGGCCAAUUAGCCCCUGGCACGUUUUGCUGUCAUAUCUGUGUGUUGGCGCAUACCAACUAUUUUGUUCAGAGAUGCAAAUGGUGUGUAAACUAAACUACUUCUCUGUGCAUCUUGCAAGAAGAGCUUCACCCAGUGGAACUGAACAAGAGGGAGGCAGGGUUACAAUAUUUGGAUGACUGAUUUCCAAAUGAAAGCAUGAAGACGCCUCUUUAAUAUUUUUUUUUUUUAGAUUUCACUGUGCCUGUGCUCUACUUUUUCAUAUAGUGCAUUUCUUCUUCAGAAUUGUAAGGCAGAGACAAUAGAAAGGCUUCAUUAUCACAAGAAGGCGAGACAAGUUGUUUGUCUCCCAUGUCUGACUCUGGUCACUUCCUGACAAACAGACCUCCUCAAGCUGGUGUAAAACUUGCUGUGAGAAGGCAUCCUGAGGUGACCCACACACCAGAUGUGUGUUUGUGUAUGUGUUUGUAUGUGGAAAAGACUAGCAUGUCCCAGCAUGUUUCCCUGAGUGAAAAUACAGUUGACCAUGUUAUAUUAUUCAUUCUUCUUCCAAAAAAACAACAACAAGCAUGUCCACCGAGAACUUGCUCCGGAUGGAUGACGAGCAUUACAGAAAGCAACUGGCUUUUUCUAAGAAGAGACGCUGUCAUUUUGUCAACACCUCCUAAUGACUUCUAGACAAGAGAACCUAUUGGUAUAAAGUUAGGCUGCUUAACUUUGUGCUGAGUGGUUCUGUUCUCGCACAUACAGUCUCAAUAUAAAUGUGAAAGGCAGAAUGACACAGAGAGAGAGAGAAAGGUGAGAGUCGUUCUGUCUGCUGGAGAGGAAAUGUCUCCAUGGAAACAACAAAGAACAACCUGAACUGAAAAGAACACAGUGUCUAUACAUAGUCUUAAUUUAUGAGCUUUAUUUUACAAAUGUUUUAGUUUUGCUGUUAAUUUGAACUGUGUAUGUUUAUUUGUUGUAUUUAUUGAUCAAAAAAAUGCUUGCAUACAUAUCCAGCAUAUACAGCUGUACAGAAUUUGGCGGAUGUUUUGUGCUACGCAUGGCCCAUACUGCUUUGAGUUACAUAAGAACUGCUCUUUUGCACAUGUCUGUCACACCGUAGCGCAGCUGAAUUUCGAGGGGUCAGAGAAUCCUGGACCUCUAGUUUGACUGACCUGAAAGCAGGCAGGCUUGGAGUCUUAGGUCAUCACCCAGAUAAGAAUGGGAGGAAUGACGUUGUAGGAUCAGAUUACGCAGGAUACAAUGGAGCGGUUGGUUUGGGAACCCGUGGGGGAUGGGCUGGGGGUUAAGAAUUCAUACUGUGAUCUAGUGCAAAAAAAAAAGUUCAAUUCACGGUUUAUGCUAGCAGUAUACAGCUACACCAAAACCUAUAAAAGAAGGUAAAUUUGCUAAAGAAGCAAUAUGUCUGAUUGGAUUAUUUUGAAAACCGAACUACACUUGUGAACAAAAAAAAAUGUUCCAAGCUACAAUAAUUCCAAUGAUGAACCUAUUGAACUACUAUGUUUGGUUAAAACCUUGGCCUUAGCUGACUGAAUGUCAGAGUGGCCACUUGCUGACUCUGCUUUGUAGUUUAACAAUACUCAAACACAUUCUAACUUCUUGUCAGUCUAAUUUGAUAUGACCGAUAAGGACACCAUGCCAUGGAGUGAGAAAUCUGACAUCAGCAGCUGCUCCCAGAACAGCUGGAACUGUCACUGAUGUCCCUGAGCACAGUGGCAGGUGUUAAUUAUUAUUAACACCCUCUACAUAGAUAUUUGCUCUUUUUUCCUAUUCAGAGGCUUACGCAUGGUAAGAGACACAUUGAAGCUGUCCUUAGAUUGCUGUUAAAUGUCUUUACCACCAACAUCUGUAAGUUGAAAGAAUGGCGUUGGACUGUAAAUUUGCCUUUCCUCAGGGUUUCUGUACUACCAGUCCUAAGUGUUAUGAAGGGUUUUUUUUUUGUCCAAAACUGUCUACAUUUGGUGAAUAAUGGAGUUCUUUAAACGUAUACUGUAUAUUUUUUCACGGCAGUGAUGAUGCUACAUUCCAAAGGUCAUAAGACGCUAUGUUUGUAUGUAUCACAGGAUAUCGUCUUAAUAGAGCAAUGAAAAGGAACUGUAGUAUAACAAUUUGGACAAAAUUGUGAGGACAAUUUAUAACCUAAGUGUGAAGAGGGUAUGCAUAAGCUUAUGCAAUAGUGAACUGAUAAAAUUGAAAUCUUAGCAGUUCUGUAUGCUUUUUUUUAAAAUCAAACUAAUGCUAGCUGUAUAGAAGAUCUCUGUCAAAGCAAUGGUGGAAAAUUGUUUGAAAUUGGUUUCUUAUAGAAUAGAUAUCAAGAUAGAAAGAAGAAAGAGAGAGGUCAAGCUUCACAUUCCUUCCCAGACCUUCUUCCUUUCCACCUACUCCCUUUUCAAUGAAGUGCUGCUUUACCCUGCUGCCUUUGAAGCUCUCACAUCUAUGCUUAAACAGAAAGCCCUCUCUGUUUUUUUUCCAGUACACUGCACACAAACCGCCAGCCAAUCAGAUAGCCCAUUCUUGCCUCGUCUCAAGUAGCGUUUCCCAGGCAAUGGUCAACAAUCCCCCCUCCUCCGUCCUGUCCCCCAACAACGCACACCAUUUGAACUGGUAUCUGUCAAGUGUUUUGUUUUUCCUCUCUCCCCCUGUCUCUUUCUCUCCCACUGACCCUCUUUUUCCCGACUGGAAGAUCAAGAGCCGAGUCACAGGCUUGCACUUGGCAUAAAACUCUUAAUCAUCGUCUGCCUUUGUCUGUCAACGCUGUCAAUGUUGGGCUGUAUUGUUCUAUUCUGUAUGAUGUCCUAGUAUGUUAUAUUAUGUUAUUCUGUUGUCGCUCUGUCACAACCACAGCGGUUAACGUUAUUUUGUACAAGUGAUUUUUUUCACAAUGUGAAAUUUAUGAAAUGUGAAAUAAAACAUAAGAGCUUUUUCCUCUUGAUUAUUAAAGGAGUGUUGUUGACCUUA